AUGGCGGUUCCAGGAAUUGAGAACCUGGCAAACCCACGAAAGAAAAACAAGAGAGAAAAUCUAGGUGACCGUGGUCAUCGUCUUCGUCCUAGUAAUGUUCCUAGUGGAACUGAUGCCAACUUAGUUAACCUGGCUUUUGAUGUCCCUGAUGAUGUCCUUACCAACAUCUUUUCCUUUUUGCCAAUCAAAGAGGCAGUGCAAGCUUCAACAGUGGCAACAAGAUUCAAGCAAUCUUGGUUUUUUAAUCGAAAACUGUGUUUCGAUAAAGAUUUUGCCAAACGCCAUGCUCAAAAAGAUUUCUUGAAUAUUGUUAACCGUGUUUUUGAACUCCAUGUAGGACAAAACAUUCAAACUCUUCGUUUAUUUUUUGAUCCAACAGGAGUUGAAGAUGCUGUUGAAAAUUGGAUUCAAAUCUCAAUCGACAAAGAAGUUGAAGAGCUGGACUUGAAUUUCAGUCUAGCAAAAGACCCUUACAGGAUUACUACAGAUUUUGCUGAUUUUGAGUCAAUUAAAAUCCUGAAGUUAUGCCGCUGUGAACUUGACCUUUUACCAACUUUCCGAGGUUUGAAUUCUCUGAAAACUCUCGUGCUAAGGAGGAUUGAAAUUAAUUCAAAAUUCCUCGAAACAGUGUUUUCCAACUGCUUGUCUCUCGAGACUUUGGAGUUGGUAAAGUGCCGUAAGAUUGGUCACUUGAGGAUUUUGGCCCAAAAUCUAAGAAGGUUCAAGGCCUUAAAAUUGGGUGAUUGCUUGGGUUUAUAUCAGGUUGAUAUUGAUGCUCCAACAAUCCGCUCAAUCCAUUAUAGUGGGAUAUUCAUUUUAUUCAAAUUUGUUGAGAUUUCUCAACUAAAUGAUGUGAUCCUCAAUUUCAAGCCUCUAAAAGGUAUUGAAAAAUUUUUCAGGAGAGAUAGUUUCUUAUGCGAUCUCUCACAUAUUGCUGUUCUCUCUGCCAGUAAUACCCUUCUUGAGGAUCUAUCACCGGAAUAUUUCCAUAGAAUCUUGCGAUUUCACUUUGGGAAGUUGAAGGAACUACAGUUGUUCAUGGAAAAUGCAGUAUAUUGCAAUCUAUAUCAUAUUGCCUAUUUUCUGAAGAAAUGCCCUCGCCUGGAAAAACUUUUCAUUGAUGUAAGCAUGUGUUAAUCAUUUAAUUUUACAUGCUCCAAAACAAUGCUUGCAUGGUAUUUGAAACUUCAAAAAUUUUUGCAGUUUAAGGGAUUCUCUUUCGAACCU